CAAGAAGCAAAAUGAUGCUGGGCUGUUAACAAUAGAAGAGCUCAUUUGCAAUGUAAAUGAGCAACCAGCAGGCAAAUGAACCCUUCUGGGAAAACCACUCUAUUCAUCAGCCCGCUUGCCUUGGGGAGACUGCCACGUGUGGACAAGCAGAAUCGCGGCUCCUCCAACUCCCUCUAAUAGGGCCUGCAAGGGGAGGAUCCAGGUUGAGCAUCAAGUGACCCUGGAUGAGCUCCAACACGUACACACACUCUUUCAGGAACAUGGAAAGAAAGGAAGACAUCUGCUGGAUAUGGAAACGUUCAAAUGCGUAAUAAAGCAGAGUAUGAGGUCGCAUGGCCACAGUACUGGACAAAUAGAGCAACUCUUCAUGAAAAUAGACCAUGAGGCAGUCGGGAGAAUCCAGUGGGAUGGCUUCUGCACAUACCUACAGCUAGAGUACUCGGAGCAAGCCAAGGCCGCGGCUCGGCGGGCAGAGGCUGCCCUCCUCCUGCCUGCCACACAGAAGAGGCUGUCCUACGGGAGGCCCGUGCUGCGCAUCCUCUCUAUGCCUGAUGACACCUUAAUCACCAUCCGAGAAGAUGGAGCCAUUUAUUUCUGGUCCCCGCAGCUGAAGUUGAAAAGAAAAAAGCCAAUUUUUGGCAAGUCCCCCAGUCAGAAGUCCCAGUGGGUGACAGACAUUGCCAGCAUGCCACAGUAUAACAAACUAAUCGUCGGGACUGGGAGCCGGGAACUACAGCUGUAUGAGCUCUCAAACUUGGAGCCUUACUGUCAGAUUGGUGGCCUGGAAGCUGUCCCCCUGAAACUGGACUGCUGCUCAUGUAAUAUCUCUGUGAACACUCCCCUGAGGCACCUUCAGACCUAAAGCACCCGAGGAGCUCCCCUGGCUCUUGACUGCGCUGUUCCUGCACCCAGCCGCUGGUGACUCAUGGGUGACAGUAGCACCUUGGGCUUUGCUGCUACUCUCUGGCUCCUACACACCAAUCGGCAGGUACUAGGAGUGAGAAACCUUGGGCACACAGUACCUAUCCUCCACCCGACAGAAGCACCCCUUCCUCUCCACCUGCAGUCUACCGUCAGGCCAGAGGGGGGCGCUUCAAACACUCCCAGCAUGCGUGCCCAGGCUCCCAGCCUACAGGAGUUUCCUUGGUGAUGGUUGGCAUUAAUGGCUUUAAACAAACAAACAAACAAACAAACAAACCAUGUUCACUUACAGUUUCCCAAAAUGACAUGGAAUGCUAACAUUGCUUUGAGGCGGGGCCAUAUAGGAAACUCACGGGGAUGUAGUUUAUCCUGCUGAGCCGGCCACUCCUAGGUGGCUUUUCUACUUCAGGUACUUCCAGGGCUCCGGGGAAGCUGGGUUGGGUGGUGAAGACACGCAGAGGCUCUGAAUCACACCCUCAGCCCCCUUACCUCUGGAGAGUUGGACAGGUGACAUCUUUAUCUGCAACCACCACAGAGCAGAUCAAAGCCUUCCUGGAUAUAAAGCCCCUGACACAGCACUCAGCAGCAUGCACUUCCCACAGGGGAGCACUCUCCUCUUCCAACUCACAUGCUCUGAGGAAAGAAACAGGGGUAGACAGUCCUCGCCCUCAGAGCUGCUCAGACCCUCCUGGUCCAUUCUCUCCCCGAGUCACAGAAUCCCCGAGUUGAGCACAAGCUUCUGGCCUGCAGCUGUAUGUCCUGCCUUGGCCUGGUCAGCAACCACAGUCCAGAAGCUCAUCUGGGAUGGAGCCAGACCCAGGCAAGCCAGUCUAUGAUCCCGCAUCCUGUGGGAAGGGUUGUCCAAGAGUCUCAAAGAGAAGUUCAGGGUGCUUCUCUGCUGCUCUGAAGGGGACCCCGCUUUUCUCUUUCUGUUGUUCAGUUUCCUGGCAUACCCCACAGAAACCAAUUUGGAACAGCAGUUUAUAAUCUCACAGACUGAGCAGGCACCAGGAGGGCUUCAGCUUGCGUCCUUGGACUCUGAAACACCCCUCCCCCCUUAUGGCUGGCUGGUUCUUCCUUUCUAGCAGAGCAGGAAAAGCAAGCCCUUGGACUUCAUCUCCCUUUCAUCUCGCCACCCUCUCGCACCCAGACCUAUUCACUUAGCACAACCCAACGUGGUAUUUAUCAUAAUAUCCUGGGAGAGUGAGUUCUGGGAAGUACAAUGGUAGCUCCUUACGGGGGCUGGCUGCUUGAGGGAACAUUAAUCAGGGUGUCUGAGUAUUUUCCUGGGAGCACAUUGUAAGCUAAUUACCGCUUUCGGGGCCCACUCUAUCAUUACCUAUAAUGCACGAUUUCAAAU